AUGGGCACGACGAACAGAAGGAUGGCCCUCUUUACACUCAAAGUACUGAAGAAACACGGGGAUUUAAUUUUUAUAACUAUUUGUGCAAUUUUUCUACUAAAAUAUGUGUGGCGCAACGUUUCAGACGGUCCUGAUGCUCCAAUUUCUCCUGAAGAGAUGGAGCAAAUGGAUAGACUUUUCGACACUGACGAAGAAUUGAUUCAAUUCACGAAAUCGAGGGUUUUAAUUCAGCCAAGCAGCCGCAGCGUUCCGUACAACCUGGAGAACGAGUCCGAGAAGGAUAACUCAAAAAACCAAGUUGCUUCCACUAUUCACACAAUAUUAGGAAGAAUGAAAAACGGAUUCUUCGUCGAGUGCGGUGUUUGGGACGGUGAAAGAGACUCAAACACAUUGAUGCUGGAGAAACGCUACAACUGGACUGGCCUGCUGGUGGAAGGGUCGCCGACCGAGUCAAAAAUAAUAAAAACCAAGAACAGGAAAGCGUGGCUCGCGCCGGUGUGCAUGAGCACCAGCACUUCUUCCAUGAUUGUUUCCUUCAUGGAUAAUUCUUACGCGGGACGCAUCAUCGGUCCUCAGGGAAUGAAUUUACCUGGCAUGUCGCACGUGUCAUUUGUCUCCCAGCUGUGCAUUCCCUUCAACACCCUGAUGGCCGCCCUGAACCAAACAACAAUCGACUACUUCAGCCUUGACGUGGAGGGACACGAACUGGAAAUAUUGAGCACCAUCGAUUUUGAACGCUUCUUCAUCAGGACAAUGACAGUUGAGUACACGCAGUCAGCUGAUCGACUGGACGAAAUCCUUGAACUGAUGGAUGAAAACGGGUUCAAACUGCACUCAAAAAAUUCACUAGAUUUUAUUUUUGUCAAUAAGAAAAAUAAAAACACCCCACCUUGA